UAUCGAGGUCUCCCUCAGCUCCAGCUUUGCCUUCUGACCUACACAUCUCUUCGACAGGAGUAGCAUGUUGCACAGAUUUAGAAUGAUACUCCUGUCGUCGCCAGCCCCAAGCCCAACACCAGGGUCAUCUUUCCUAGCGUGCUCUGUCGUCUGGCCACUACUGUCUCCUCAAACCGGUGUGCUUCCUCUACUGCAAGAUGAUGCCUCGGCCUCAAGUCUGGGCUCCUGCUCGCCUUUUCCUUUCCUUGACACACGCAUGCCCGCGCAUAUCUGCGCGAUGGUCGAGAUUGGCGUUGCAAGCAGGUGUCCUGCCUGACAUCUUCGGUUUAGCCGCAACACUAUGACGAUGUCACAUCCCUUUUGCUGCUGAUCACUCGACACUGAAUUUGGCUCGCCGCCUGUCCAGUUGGAGAUUGCUCCCUGCAGC